AUGGAACCUCUCCGUGCCGACAGCGCGAUCGAAUGGACGACGACGUCCUUGCAAGAAGGGCAUCGGCAAGAACUGCUGGGCACCAUCGUGCGCGUCCAUCGCUUGGGCAAAGGCGAAACACAACGAACGUUCUCCGAUGCCAUCGGUCGGGGCCUUUCCUUCGUCCACCUUCAAGGCGAGGACGGAACACCACCCACCAUCGUGACCUUCGAGGCUGCGGUCUAUGCCUCCACGUCGGACUCCGCGAUCCCGAAGCUUCGAUGUGGGCAGCCUUUGGGGGUGCUGGUGGAGAUGCAAUGGCGAGAGCACAUCCAACGCUGGCUAAAGACUGUGAUCACUGCCUGGGUUCCGGAGAAUCUCCCAGGCCAAACUGUCAUGCCGCUGUCCUCACCGCCCAACGGCCAGCAUGGCCGGAGGAAAGGCUUGGCUGCGUGUGCUGGAUGGGUGCGAUGUCCCUUAUGUCCGUCUUCAGGGCGUUGCUUCAACCGCGGAAGUGGCUUCAAGCAGCACCUGGCCUCGCUGCAUGCAGACGAGGCAGACCGCGACUUUGAGACCUGGGCUGCUGCAGAUUGCGUGAAGCUGCUGUUGCCCUUGGCCUCCAACGUGCAGGUCUGCCGCCGCGACGGCCGGUCACCCCUCCACUGGGCUGCACGCUUUGGGCGCUUGGAGAUGUGUCGCUUCUUGCUGGAGGUGGGCUUAGGCCGUGUGGAGGACCGUUCCGCUGACGGCACCUCCCCAAUGAUGUUGGCGUGCUUCGGUGGUCACAUCGAUGUGGUCGAGCUGCUGGUGCAGAGUCGAGCAGACCUCUUUGCUCGGAACAGCUUCGACUGUGACGCUGGACACUUUGCUGGACUGGGCGGGAGCAUCGAGGCCUGUCGCUGGCUGAGCGAGCACGGCAUGUCGCUCCUGCGCCCACAGUGCUCCGGGCAUACGGUGUUGCACAAAGCGGCGGAAAGAGGUCACUUGCCACUGGCUUCCUUCUUGAUUUCCAGCUUUGGUGAGGAAGACUUGAAGGCCCUCCGCAGUCUGUGCCCCUUGGGGAGUGACAUGGAAAGCCUUUGGCACAAAGCCCACCUUCCAUCUGCCAUCGCACGCAAGCAUGGCCAUUCGGAGUGCGCCCGGGAGCUUGAAAAGCUCGCCUUCUAA